AUGAAAAUACAAGACAAGCUAGAGCAGAUAGCGUCGGGGUUCGAUUUGUCGGCGUCGGACGACGAGGCGAGUUUUCUGGGACGGCAGGACGUCGAGUACUUGAAUCGUCAGUUUUCCAGGCAAAAAAACUCGCCAGAAGUCGCGGACAAUGAAUCUGACGAGGAGUGGGUGGAUGAGGAUGAAGAGUCGUAUGAUGAGUCUCUUGACGAGACCAUUGUUGAGUCCAGCGAAGAAGAGAAAAUGCAGGAACCGGACGUGGAGCCUCCUGCGUUCUUGAAAUCCAAAACCAUCGUGUACAUCAUCAAGACGUUUCCUGUGCUAGUCAUGAUCUUGUUCCUGAUGGUGAUUGCGCGUCUGGCAUCCGCUGGCAGCUACUACGACAAUAUAGUGGAUCUGGGGCUAGUGCAUCACAAGUUCAGAGGUUUUGAGAAGAAGCUUGGCGAAAUUGGUGAGAGAUUGGAGCAGCUUUCCAAUACGCAUAAUAACAAUGAUGUGCACAAAUUGGAGCUUAUCGAAGAGCAAAUACAGCAAUUACAGAAGAACGAGCACAUCUCGGAUCGCGAAAUCAAGCAUCUCGUGCAGAAUGCUGUCAUCGAGUUUCUCCAAGAAUCCUUGGACGAAAAGCUAGAACAACUGGUGUCUGACAAGAUGGGGCAUCUAGAUUCUGUCAUGGAAGAGCGAAUCUCGCAGCUCGAAAUCGAAAAGCUGACGGACAAGAUGUCGCAUGAGGUGCUGGAAAAAGUGGAUACUCAGAUAUCUUCGGUGAGUUCUCAGCUCGAAGCUCUUCAAUCAGCAGGCUACUCCGAGCAGGAGAUAGAGACUACACUGUCGCGACUGGUGCAACACGAGUUCAACCAGCGCCUGGAGCCGCGUGUUGCCGGUAUUUCGAACUACGCGAGCUACGAUCGCGGCGCUCGGGUUUUAAAGAAGUACACCACCCUGCCCAAGCUGAAACGCGUCCGCACAAAAGUUGUUGACCGUGUUCUUCACGGUUGGCUUGAUUUCAUAAGGCGAACCAUACAGGGCCACAAGCGUACUUUGACGGGCUUGAACAAUGUCGAGCUCACGAGCUCGGAAAACUCGCCGGCAAACGUUUUGGUGGACAGUUCGCAGUACUGGCAGGCUCUGGCGCAGGACCUUCCGAUCACGUUUGGGGUCCAAUUGAGCGAGCCUGUGUAUCUGCGUCAGGUCGGUCUGUACCAUCCACGCGUCUCGUCGCUUGCCGAGUGUGCUCCGCGCCACGUCUCACUUCUAGUAGAGCCGGCCAACUCCAAGCAAGCUAAACUGCUACGAAACAAGCUCGCAAUUUAUUACAACCAGGAUCUUGUAUUCUCGCACCUUCGCGGGCUCGCCAAGGUGAGCGAGUUUGAAUUCCAGGCAUCAGGCGGCCAAAGCUACCAAACGUUCCCGUUUUCGCGCGAGAUCCUUAUGAUCUUGGACGAGUUCCCGGUGAAAAACGUCGUGCUGGUUGUCGAGGACAACUGGGGCCACAAAGAAGUUGUGGUUCUUUACGGGCUAAAAGUGUUUGGGCUGAAUGAGUUUGAGAUGAAAGCGACGAGAGUGACGAGAUCCGACGAAAUAAUAAAUUUGGGCGAAGAUAGUGUAUUUUAG